AUGACAACAGAUAGGUUCCACAAAUAUUCGAUUAUAAUUUCCAGAGCAGCUAAAGAUGGUCUCUUGGAGGUUCUUCGGGAAGCUACGAGGAAGGAGUGCAACAACAAAGAUGAAUCUGGCAUGACCCCGACCUUGUGGGCCGCCUUCGAAGGACACAUUGAGGCUCUGAGGCUGCUGUGUGGGAGAGGGGGUGAACCUGAUAAAUACGAUUACUUCGGCAACACAGCCCUCCACCUAGCUGCUGCACGCGGUCAUAAGGAAUGCGUGACGUUCUUGGUGAACUUUGGUGCCAACCUGUACGCUAUGGAUGUAGACGGUCACACGGCCCAGGAGCUGGCCGCCAUCAAUGGAAGAGAUGAUAUACUGCGUUUCCUUGAUCAAACUAUUGGAAAACUGGAGAAUAAUGACAAGAAAAAGGCGAAGUCCCUCAAAGAAAAGGCAAAAAAGGAUCAUGAGAAACUUCAAAAGCAGUACACUAAAAGACAGAGUAAGGCGGAGGUGAUGGCGGAUAAGGAAUUAAAGAAACUGGCAAGAGAAUGGGACCACGGGUACAAUGAAGAAAUAACGACCAUGCCGCAUAGACCUAGCAACGUGUUGCUAGCUCUGAAACAGAAAAUGACACGCUCGUCAAGUCAAGGUAAUCUUCUGGACGAACCUCGUCCGACGUACAGCGCGUUAGUAGGCACGGUGUCUUCAGGAGCGCGAGGUAGAGGCGCUGUCUAUAAGAAAGCUCUGGCCAGCAAACUCAAGAACGGAACUCUUGGGAAAACUAGCGUUAGAGAUGACUUCAAGGUAGGCGAGGUAGAGACGACGGGUCGUCGUUCAGUGACCUCACUGAGCGGAGUGCGUCGCGACUCAGAGGUCAUGUACGUGGGUACCUUCGGGGCCGGACCUCAACAACGAGCUCCCGUAGCUGAUGUAUUCACUGAAAAACCAUUACUCACCAGAUCAGCCAGUCAGCCUGACUUCUUAGCAGCACAACAGAACGAAGACAACGGCAUCGGUCAGGAAGUGUUGCUGCAAGAACCGGCCAGUAUAUUUGACAGACCCGGGUUUGGUAGUGUGGCGUUUAGACGUUCUAUAACAGCGACACUGAGCGCGAUGCCAGCCAGUGAGGAGUUAUCUAUAGGAUCUGCCGGCUCACUAGCGAGACACGCGUACCAGCCAGCUGAGUGGGCCUCUACACAAUCAGGCAGUUCCACAAUAACAUCUGAUGAAGAACCCGAAGCUGAUGAGACUGGAUACUCGUCACUCGAACGGUUUCUGACCGCGUGGGGUUUAUCACAGUAUGUCCAGAAGUUUAAAGACGAGCAAAUUGACUUGGACGCGUUGAUGCUACUCACUGAGAGUGACAUGAAGAGCCUUGGAUUACCUUUAGGACCGUAUAGGAAGCUGGUAACAGCUGUUCAGGAGAGGAAACAGGCUCUAUCACAACCAGGACCCAUGAUAGAUACCGCUAUAUAA